AUGGCUUCCGCCGGCGGUGGCGGCGGGAAGGACGAGGGGUCGGCGAAGGCGGCGGCGGCGGCGGUGGCGGACCACAUAACCCAGGCGGUCAAAUCCACGUCCAACCUCAUCCAUCUCAUGCAGGAGAACUCCCCUUCCCAGGUCAGUAACCACCCUUUCCAUCAUGGCUGGCCUCUUCCGUUCCCUCCUCUCUGUUUUCCUCCUGCUGGAGAUCUGAAAACUCGAGAAAUCUCUCGCAACGGCGGGCAAUCUCUCGCGGUUACAGUUGCCUUCCACGGCGACGGGUGUUGAUGGAACUGGGAACUGGCUAAUCCUGGGAAGGAAGAUGGGUUGGUCGGGAGAUCUUUUGGGUUUCUUUGGAUUCGGGGCCACAAUUCCGACCCUCCGUGGCCAAUUUUAUUCCCCUGUUUCCAUGAUGAAUGAUAUAUUUGGGUAGGAAUAUCGAUUUGAUUUCUGCCAUAUCUCGAUGCCUGCGUUAUGAUAGAGAAGAAGUGAUCGUGAAUAUGAAAUCGAAUUGUGGCUUCUGAGGUGGGAAGCCGGUGAAUUUCGACCCAAUGCGGCAGUUUGUGGAACUUGACUUCCUCUUGCAAUCUUUAAAGGGAAAUGAAGAGCUAUGCUCUGAUUCAAGAGGUGGAUAAAGUUGGUGAAUUAUGUGACAAACUUAAAUAGAACCCACUGUUAAUCCAGUAGUCUUUUUUUAGGUAAUCAAUUAAAAAACGAAAUUUGAGUUCAUCAGAUUAAGGUUGGUGACUAGUCUGAAGAGCAGCCCUGGUCUGUUCUUUGUAUAGAGGCCUCUCUAAAACGCUCAUUGUCCCUCGCCUCAAUUAGACUAUAAAAUGCUAAUUAUCAGGAUCAUUAUCUCCAGAUUUUGAUUGUUUCCACUGUACUAAGGGAAAUGCAUGUAUAGACCUGCCUCUUAAUCUGAUUCACAGUCGGGUUACUAUUAUCCAAAUUUGAUUCUUUUAUUGAAUCUCCAUGUCUUAAUUUGAUGCUGAGUUGACCGAAGCCUGCAUCAACUUGUAAGCCCGAAUUGAUCAUCAUCAGAUUCAUUUUUUUUUCAGAUUUAGAUUGUCUUUCUUUGGAGCUUGAUCACCUGGUUAGGGUCUCUACUCUCCAUUUAAGGGGAAAAAAACUUAUGUAUAGACAUGAGCAUCAGUCUAUUGAUAACCAGUUUAUUAUGGUUUUUUUUAUUUCCAUAUCUUAUUUGAUACCAAGUCAGCCAGACUUGUGUUAACUUGAACAACCCAGAGUUGGCCAUUAUCAGGCUGGAUUCUUCCAGAUUUAGAUCGUCAACCUUUCGGGCAUGAUCACACAACCUGUGUUGAAGUUUCCUUUCUUUGGGAAUUUGCAUGAGCCCCAGUUGACCAUUAUGAGAAUCAGUUCUUCCAGAUUUAGAUUGUCAAUCAUUUCCGCUUGAUCACAUGACCUGUGUAUUGAUGCGACUGACAACUGGGUUUUUCUGAUCCAGCUGGGAUUUUGUUUUUUAUUAUCUAUGUCUUAAUUCGAUAUGAAGUCAACCAAACUUGCUUUGAAAAUUAUCUGGCUCAGUUUUUCCAUACUUUGAUUGUCAAUCUUUUGAGCUUGAUCAUAUGAUCUGGGUUUCUAGUUUCCAUUGUUCGUCAAAGGAACUUGAUGAAUGGAUUUGUGUUUUGAUCUGAUUGAUGUGAUGAUCCAAUCUGGUUUUUUUCCUUUUACGAUUUCCAUAUCUUAAUCUGAGACCGAGUUGACCAAGCUUGCGUUGACCUGCUCGAGUCAAAUGCUCGUUUUAGAAUGGCAAUGAAACUAGAAUCCAAUAUGAGUAGUAUGAGACACACUGAGGCAAUCCGUUGCGUAGUCAAACCCCUUGGAGUCUGUUUGGGAUUAUCUGAGAUGUUGUACAUCUAUCAGUUCAACCCCAGAGAUGAUACUAUUGGCCGUUAUACAAACAAGUUCAACCCUCAUUGAUGAUUAUUCAUGUUAAGAAAAAAAUAGUUUUAAAUUUAUAUCCUAAAUAAUAAAGAAUGUCAAGCUCGUUCAGCAUUAAACUAUUGCGAUGACUAUUCAUGUUAAAAGAUUUAAACAUGGAAAUAAUUCUGGAAAUUACCCUUGCCCAUGAGAUCAAGUGUCUCCGGACCUAAUUGUGAUCAAUAAAUCAGGAAAUUCUCUCGAAACUAAAAAAUAUUCAUUUCAGAGCGCAUAAUUUGGCAAAUAUUUCUACUUGGAAACAACACGCGGAUCUAAGCAUGGAGUUCCUCUUAAAAAUCAAUAUCCAUAAGAAAUAAAUUCUGGGAAAAAAAUAAAAUUCUGGAAACUAACUUUUUUCAUAAGACCAUGAUACCUCGGUUCUUAGAAUAAUCAAUAAUUCAGGACAUUAUUCGGAAAAGAUUCAUUUCUAGAGAGCAUAAUUCGUCUGAUUUUACUUGGAAAAACGACAAAUAAUAUACACUACCACUAUGAGGAAAUCAGUGCCCGGAAUUACUCAACCUGUGGAAGUCAAUGGAGCAUAUCUAUGUAGAGAUGACCAAAACUUUGGCUUCUUUUUACAGGCUCGGCUUGCGAAGCUCACUAAGAACCUGCUGGUGAAAACAGCCACCAUCAAGAACACAGGACAGGUACACCCAACGGUCUUGUCCCUCCCUUUCCUGGUGAAAUCUCUAACCUUUGGGCACCGUUGACUUGUAGAUACUUAUAUGUAUGAAUGUGCAGGUUCUUGAACAGUUGCCUCGGGUAAUCUCAUCUUUGGAUGCGUAUAUGGAUAGUGGGUUGCAAAGGUUGACUCUGUGUCUCUGCCUUGAUGACAGUUGUUCCUCUAUCUUAGAAAAAUUGUCAUCUUGAAGCUGUCUUAGAUCAAUCAAUUACUUCUUGAACCAAUAAAUCUUGUGAUCAGUUUAAAUUCAGUCAUAGCACUAAAAAAGAUUUAAUUUUCAUAUAUUUUGUCAAAUUAUUGGUCAUUUAACUCAGACCAAUUGGCAAAGAGCAGAGUAGGCCAUCUAUUUAACCACUGUAUUUGAUUUUAUUUUUUCUAAUACCGAAAAAUGCUAAGUUUUAGAGAAAUCUACCUCUUUAAAUUCUAACAUGAAAUGCUAACGGGAGGCAUUUGCACCUUUUUUUCUUGCCUUUUAAGACUACUUUAAAUGAUAAUUUAAUGAUUUAUUAUUAAAAUUGUCUUUGAAUUUUUUCUGUUCUUGCCUACCCAGCUCUCCGCACCUUGACACUGUUGGUCAAUUGCUCUCCAACAUGGAAAGUUCCCGGAUUCGUUCUGCAUUUGGAGAUCAGAGAUCCAAAGAGGUAAUUAUUCCUGUUCUAACGAUUUUUCAAAAAAUGUUUAUGUAUAAAUUAAUCUUUAAAUUAAAAAAAACUAGCAUCUUCCUCUCAAGUCUUAUGUUCCACUAUUAUAUCAUAAUUUUACUCUGA